AUGCACGUGGAGUGGGUCCACGUGAUAAGAUUCGACGAGAAGGAAAGCAUUUCCGGUGUGCAACAGUUGAAGUCAUCUGUCCAAAAGGGCAUCAGAUCAAGACUGUUGGAACUGUACCCGCAUCUAGAGAACUAUAUUGAUCAAGUUUUGCCCAAGAAGGACACUUUUAGGAUUGUCAAAUGCCACGACCACAUCGAAAUCAUGGUGAAUAGUGCUGGAGAACUUCUCUUCUUCAGGCAUAGAGAAGGAUCUUGGAUGCCCACACUUAGACUGUUACAUAAAUAUCCAUUUUUCCUGCCAAUGCAGCAGGUCGACAAAGGUGCUAUUCGAUUCGUGCUCAGUGGUGCCAACAUAAUGUGUCCAGGUCUGACGUCACCAGGUGCUCGGAUGAGCUCUGUGGAAAAGGGCAGCGUGGUUGCAGUCAUGGCAGAAGGGAAGGAACAUGCUCUGGCUAUAGGAGUUACAUCUUUGUCUACUGAUGAUAUAGCUAAAGUAAAUAAAGGAGUUGGAAUUGAGAACUGUCACUACCUCAAUGAUGGAUUAUGGCAGAUGAAACCAGUGAAGUAA